AUGUCGCGCAAACACUCCCUCGCCGCCGACCACAUCAUCGACGCCUUACUAAUCAACGCAGACGGCGAGGUCCUGGACCGGCGAACCAUGGGCAAAGAUCUGUUCUGGGCAAUCAGAGGCGGCGGAGGCACAAGCUUUGGGAUCAUUCUAGAAUUCACGGUUACAUUAGUCACCGUCCCCGAAACCAUCACCAUCUUCAACGUGACAAGAACGCUGGAAGAAAAUGCGACCGAGCUCGUCGACAAAUGGCAACACAUUGCCGACAAGGUCGACGAGAAUCUCCUCAUGAGGCUAUUCGUAAACCCUACCAACUCUCCGACGAGCGGAAACCGCACAGUCGCUGCUUCCUUCACGUCGCUGUACCUUGGAAAACCAAGUGAUCUUCUGACGGCCAUGGGUGGACAAUUUCCUGAACUCGGAUUGACCGAGCAAGACUGCGUUGAGAUGAGUUGGGCUGAAUCCCUUCUCUUCUUCGCAAACAUCGACAACCAAACCCUAGACGUGUUGACGGAUCGGCCAGCGCAAGGCGGCCCCGGCUCCUACUUCAAAGGAAAGUCCGACUUCGUGAGCGCUCCGAUCCCAGUGAGCGGUCUGAGGGAGAUGUGGAGGUUUCUUCUAGAAGGACGAGUAGGCGUUGAAUUAGAGCUGAGCCCUUUCGGGGGAGCUCUGAGCGCUUAUUCCGAUGAGGAAACGCCGUUUCCUCAUCGGAAGGGGAAUGUGUUCAUGAUCCAUUAUGGUGUGGGAUGGGCGUUCGCGAACGAAGCAGAAGGGAGACUUGGUUGGAUCAGAGGGCUCUACGCCUACAUGGCCCGCCACGUCACCCGGAACCCGAGGGGUGCGUAUGUGAAUUAUAGGGAUCUUGAUUUAGGGAGGAAUGGUGAAGGGAAUACUACUUUUGAACAGGCUAGAGUUUGGGGGGAGAGGUAUUUUAAGAGCAAUUUUAGGAAAUUGGUUAGUGUGAAGACUAGAGUCGACCCAUCGAACUUUUUUAGAAACGAGCAAAGUAUACCAGAAAGAGUAGCUAUGUAUGAAGAAAAAUACGCUUGA